AUGUCUUCAGACACAACACUGUCAGAAUCGGCGUAUUUAAAGCAGGAAGAUGCUUUUGUUGAUAAUAAAGAAGCUGACCAUUCCAAUUCAUUGGUUGAGAAUUUAAAGUCAUUGACCGCGGGCGGUGUUGGCGGUGUUUGCGCUGUUCUUACUGGCCACCCUUUUGACUUGGUUAAAGUAAGAUGUCAAAAUGGACAGGCUAAAUCAGCAGGAGAAGCGGUAGCAAAAAUUUUGAGCAGUGCCAGAGGAGCAGUAGGUGGCACGAUGGUAACAAAUUCUGUAAAAGGUUUUUAUAAAGGUGUAGUGCCACCGUUAUUGGGUGUCACACCCAUCUUUGCGGUGUCUUUUUGGGGUUACGAUAUGGGGAAAAAACUUGUUACUUGGAAAGAAGAUACUAACACGCUGGGCAACGUGCCUUUGACAACAUCACAGAUGGCAGCAGCAGGUUUCAUUAGUGCAGUGCCCACAACUCUAGUUAUGGCCCCUACUGAGCGUGUCAAAGUUGUCCUGCAAACAUCUUCUGGUGGUUCGUUCUUGUCGGCGGCAAGAAAACUAGUUAGUGAGGGGGGGGUUCAAUCACUUUUUAAAGGUUCUUUGGCUACUUUGGCAAGAGAUGGUCCUGGUAGUGCCCUAUAUUUUGCAUCCUACGAGGUUUGUAAAAAAUUUCUAAAUAGUAAAAGUGGGAAUACUCAAAAUGGCGAAAUAAACAUAAAAAAUGUUUGCAUAUCCGGUGGAAUUGCUGGCAUGUCAAUGUGGAUAGUGGUGUUCCCAAUAGACACAAUUAAAACUAAACUGCAAGCUUCUUCAACAAGACAGAAUAUGUUAAGUGCCACACGAGAGAUUUAUAAUACAAGAGGUGGUAUAAAAGGGUUUUUCCCGGGUUUAGGACCAGCACUUUUAAGGUCAUUUCCUGCAAAUGCAGCAACGUUUUUAGGUGUUGAAUUAACGCAUUCUCUUUUUAAAAAAUAUAAUAUAUGA